CGUGAUAUUCGCUGGCAGACUAGUGCUAAUAUCCAGAAGGAUCCUUCUUCUAUACUCCUCGUUCAAUUCGAUCGAUAUGAGGGACCGACGUUGGACGUAGGCAGCUUUGUCUUGGUCCCAAUCCUCCCAUCACGCCGCGAGUUCUAUAUCGGGAAUACUUCCUGUUUACGUUCACAGUUCCCGUUGACCAUCACUGAUGCCAUCACAACGUAUAAGUCGCAGGGAAUGACUCUAGCACGGGCUAUGCUGGACAUUUCGGAGCGGGAGUUCGCGCCUGGCCUGACCUACGUGGCAGUCUCCCGUGUAAAAAUCCUUAGAGGGAUCAUGUUUAAGGCUCUAUUCGACUUGCAGGAUUUGAACCCUCGUACGGAGAGCGAGACGAUGGCGUUCCGGAAGCAGGAAGGUUGCCUUUAUGCACCACAGGCCUAUUUUUCCCGUGAUUCUACCAAGACCUGGCAGGAUUGGAUUCCACGGAUCGUUCUGAUUGACCAUAUGUCAACACGUUGGUAUUUGCCUAGUGGUGAUAAUACAUCGUGUAGUUCUGAUCUAAUCUACAGUACCAUAUUUUUCAGUAGAAACUUCUAUGCAACCCUCCGAUCCAGGAAGCGGUGGGGCCUUGAGCUCGAGAUCAAACAACUCUUUGCAAACUUUAUCAAUGUACCGGGACGUUGA